AUGUUUUCAGUUUGUACAGCCAUAGGCUCUAUAUUUCUACUAUUCAGUUUUCUUUUAGAGUUCUUUCUCAUUAUUGGCAACGUAUCUCCCAAGCCAUUGAUCAGAGAUGUUUACUUUGCUCAAGCGUGGAACACGGGUCAAGGAAGAUCCUACAAUUUUGGUCUCUGGAACUACUGUAAUACAGACAACGCUGGUUAUGUUACGUCGUGUGCAAAAACAAGCGCUGCUUAUAACUGGGCCCAAGCUCCUGGAGUUAACCAAGCUGUACCUGGUAUGGCCAACAGUUAUGGAACAAAGGGCGUAUUUUUAGCUUUGUUCAUCUUGCUUUUUAUUGCAAUGGGUCUCAGUUUCAUUUUUUGGCUUAUGAGUUUGCCUAUCUGUUGCUCUAAUCGCCGUGGUCUGGGUUACUCGAUGACUACUCUUGUCUUGAUUAACUUUUUCAUCAUGCUCGCUGCUCUUAUCCUUGCGUUGGUGUUGGUCAUUGGCGGUAUACGACAACUGACACGAGCAGAUCGAACCUGGAGUGCUCAAGCUGGUAACUCUGUAUGGAUCACCAUUGGUGCGGUUGUGUCUCUGUUCUUGUCUUUCCUUUGUUAUUCUGGCGGUGUUUGCUGCUGUAAGCCUAAGAAUGAUGGUUACUACGGCAAAUCCAGCAGAAGAAGAAAGAAAAAUGAUUAUGAAGCAGAUUAUGGAUACAACAAUGACUACAACAACAAUUACGGUCGGGAUGCCGGUUAUGCUGGUGCUGGUUAUGCUGCUGGAGCUUAUGGAACUGAAUCCUCUGGAAAGGCAAAGCGUAGCUGGUGGCCAUUCGGCGGUCGUAAGAACAAGCAAGUCAAUCCUGAUUACAAUAAGGAAUACGACAGCAACAACAACUUUACGAGAACCGACAACAACAACUAUACGAGAGCGGACAACAACACGGCUGCUGAUAACAGCAAUGCCGUCCGAAAUGACAAUGUUGGUACGACCACUGACAAUAGCAACUUAUAUUCUGGAACAAACCAAGCAUACAACACAAAUGAUGCGACUCAAGGAGACACUAUGCUUCAACAAUCUUACAUGUCCCCUACUGCAGAGCAACAAAAUACUUACGGCGAAACGGCCUACAACACAACUGCUUACAACACGACUGCUAACGGCGGCGCCACUGUCAAUGAUGCAACUCAUGGAUAUCAGACGCCAGUGCUUGAGCCCGCUAACCUUGCAGCACGCUAA